UCAGCUGGUAACUAUGUGUGGCGCAUGCGCAGUCGCUUUGAGCAGAACUUCGCCGUACAUAGUGAUUUGUGAUGUGUUUUGGUGCUGUGGUCCUGAAUCCUGCGGGGCUUCAACGUUUUGGAGGUAUUAGAACCAAGAUUCUUACGCAAGCACCGACUGCGUCUCAUGGACAGCAUUUGGCAUUGACGUUGUGCUCCGCGGUGCGAACUUCACUCUGGAUUAUUUGAAGCCGACAUAGCCUGUUCAAUCCGCCGAGCAGGUAGGCAAAAGCCGUCCAAAUGAUGGCCCCAACGACUAUCGAAACAGUCACAGUGGUCAGGCCACUGAAGGUAUUUGCCUUCAUCUGUGGCCUGAUUGUGAUCCUGCUGAUGAUCCUCUGCUUGGCGUCUUCAAAUUGGCUGAUAGCGCACAAAUUUCGUCAAGGCCUGUGGGAGCAAUGUGUGGACGAGGACGCUCCCCUACCGUUGCCGUUCGGCCUCAAUGCCAAACCGGGAUGCUACGUCGCUCGCACCGUGGCCUAUAUCCAGGCAGCGGCAGCACUGUGCGUGAUCACGCUGCUGUGUGACAUAGCAGCCACGGUGAUGACUGGCUGCGGUCUGUGCAGCAAGAACCCCGUCAGAAAGUAUUUGAUGUACAGGCUUGCUUUCUAUGUCAUGGUCUGUGCCCUGCUCUGCAUUUUGGUGGCUCUGGUCAUCUACCCAGCAUGCUUUGCUGCAGAGAUUGAAGAGAGCAACCGGCAGGUGUGGGAGUUCGGCUGGGCCUAUGGAGUUGGCUGGGGCGCCGCCAUCUUCCUUUUUGGGGCCAUCUUGCUCCUCCUCUGUGACAAGGAGACGGAAGAAAUCUACUAUCGCGAGAGGACUGUUGCCAACGACGCUGGCGGCGGCGGGGAUUCCAAGGCGUAGCACGCGUGGUUGGGGAGGGCCGUGGUGGCCGCUUAGUCGCGUGCGACGCGAAAACCUGACACCCAUCUACCGUGCGCGCCUCAACUCCGCCGCCUUCCAACUCCAAAGUGCAAAAGGGGACGCUCGGCCGAAGUUGGUGUCGAUGCCUGGCAGGAAACUUUUGAGACGUGCGCCGCUGGUGGUGGUGGUAUCGAUGUUUCUAACGCCAAACUGAGGUAGAAAUGGCCUCGGCAUUGUGGCGGAGAGGGGACAGUCUGUGCCAGUGUGUUGGAUGGCCAGUGCGUAGCGCGGAGUAGCUCUAGAGAAAGUGCUACAUCUUCGGCGUGAGGAAAGGCCAGGGUCUGUGGCCAUCAAAAAACGGAAGCAUUUUUGCCCCAUUGUUGCUUUAUGUUCUCUGUAGGACGCAGACUUGAGAGACCAAAAUGAGGAGACGUUUUUAUCAUCGUCAAUUAUGCGUGCAGACGACCCCCAAAGGCUUAUUGUGGUCGAUUGGGUGUAAUUGCUAUCCAGUUGCAGUAUUUCUUCUGUGAUGUCUCAUGCAGGUCUUGCGCUCCUCAUAAGUAUGGUUCUAAUUGUACGAUCCUAUGGACGUGGUCUGAUGAAUUCGUGAAGGACUAUCUCAGGGGACAUGUCAGUACGGGACAUCUAUAAGGUAGAUAACCUCUGCAGCAUUUCAUUAGUCUCUAAAUGAACUUUGUAAUUUUAUAGCAAAAACUUGCAGAAGCCUUGAAAUUUGGAAAAUGAUGUUGAUGUUGAUGUUGACGAAAAACGAGCGCAAGUUUCUCAAUGCCUUUUAUGUUUUAGUUACUUUGCAUUUCAUGCAUCAUAUUUUAAAGUGUUCAUGUACCAUGCCUUACAUGCCAGGUCGUCUCUCACUGAGCAUGAUGGAACACGCUUUGUGCGUAACAAGUGCAGCUUUAUGAGUGAUGACAUUAUGAUUUUUUUUCUUAUUUAUUACUGCAUCAUCAGUCCGAUAGCAUAUGCAACAUUGACCACACCAAUUUAGACAUCUUAGUUUUUUUUUGUUUUUUUUUCUCAGUGGAAAAUGGUCGUACUGAUAAAAAUCUGCAAAAGGCAGCUUGAUCACACCCUAUCCCAGAGAGAAGUCAAACUUUUUCACAAACCGUAGGUUGCAGAAAUAUGUUUGAAGGACAGCAAGGUCUCCCUCUGUGAGCCUUCUUAUCCUUCUUAUCUCAAAGAUAUUGAAGAUGUGACACUUUAUCUGGGGCUCUUCCUGCUGUAUUUUCCCAUAAUGGGUAUUAGACAGUUGUAUUCUUGAGAGAGGCAAAAUAUGCUACAAUGUUGUUCGCACGUUGCGCUUGCUCCGUUCCGAGCGGAACGGCGGUGAGCAGCAUUCGGCCAUCUGUGGAUGUCGAUUGGAAAGUUCUGGCAACUUUGUUUGAUGGCCAGGACGAGAGACCAAAAUCAACGAUGGGUCUGAAUUCUUGCGGUAGGUUCUCGGGCAGUAUGUCCUUGGAUUCAGAUAAUGCAGGCAAUCUUUACCGCAAACUUGCCAUCAGCACACAACCUGUAAUCCAUUCAAGCCGCUUAGAGUACUGCUAAAGCUAUGGUACAUUGGUGAUUGUGAUGAGCGCUGAAUGUUAUAUAUGGUUCCGACGCCAGCCGUAAAAGCUUUAUGAUGUCAGAUGGCAACGUGUUUUGUGGCAGCUCCCCACUUGUGAUAAACCUCAUGAUUCUGGACACUUACUAGCAAUGAAAUAUGAAUGGACUUCUAUCAAAUUGAUGAGCAAAAAUAUAGGUACCUAUGAAACAAACACCCUCAUUUCUGCUUUUUUUUCACACUGUCGGUUUUCACCUGAGAGUAAAAGUAUCAGGAUUGCGCCACAUUUGUGGUUCGAAAAAUCAUGGGAGGCCAUUCGAAGGUUCGAAUCUCGCCAGAAUCAUUCUAUGCAUUAAAUUUUUUAAUGUAUUACCCGACGAUAUGGAAUUAACCAGAAUUGCGUUUUCUAAUUUCUCACUAUUUGACAAAUAUCAGUAGGUUAUGGCUUUGUCUUGUUUUAAUCUUGUUUUAAGUGGUGGAACCAUAAGCAGCAAGCGUAUGUGCUGCGUAACCGUCCCAGAGUAUUAUCCUCAUGAUAAUCAGUUAUCAAGUGCCAUUUUGCGAGAUACUGAGAAAUACUGUGUCAGGAACAGGGAUGUUAUAUUUGUGAGUACUGUUGUAGCGAAACAGUAGUAAACAGUUCUCUGUCAAACAAUGACCUUGUUGUUGGCCUAAGCGAGCAAGCAGAGGAAACGCAGCACCGUAACGGAGGGGCAUUGUAUAGACUGAUGACCGUAACUAUGGGAAGUAAUCACUGCCAUUUACUCAGUUCAGACAUUGAGGUGCCGAAGUAUAAUUGGCUGGAAUUGUUAAGGAGGGAGAUUGUGAAGCUGUGAUUGGUCGACCUGAAAGUAUUGUGUCCGUACGAGUAGAGGGCAAGGAGCUGAUGGAACACAAAGUACUUACCGUAUGCCAGCGUUAUGUGAAGCAACAUUUCUACAAUUACAUUGUUUCUUGUCCAUUUUAAUUCUCUGUAACAAGUGUUCCCUGUCUGCUAAUUCAUUGUGUCAGGCACGUAGUAUGGUUCGCACAGGUUGUUUUUCCCCCUUUUUCAAGGUUACCUGUUUGCAGAAUUGCAGCUAAUUGAACACGAUACCGUACUAGAGUACAGCACGGGCUCUGGCAAACCCAAAAGCGUGAGCCCGGCCGGGCCUGCAGGCUGAACCAGGCUGAGUAGAGCCUUCUUUUGGCGGGACUUGGCUGUGCCCAGGUUUGACAUUGUGACUCGGGCCUGUACAUUGGCGGGCCAGGAUAGGACUCUGGCCUGUGCUACACCACUGCUAGGUGGACGUGGUCAACUUCUGUAGUCCGGUACCCUGUAGUUGACGAGCUGGGCAGCCUAGAAAUUUCCUUUCCAAAUUCCUUUAGGUGGGAUCAGGCCCGGGUCAGGUGUGGAGCCGUGCGGCCAGGCCCGGGUGCUUAAACAACAAGGUCUGGUCAAAGAAUGCAGCCUGUGCAGUGCUCUAUACUGUAUCACACUGUACAGUGCUUUGACAAAAGUCUACGGAACAAGCUCCGGCGCGUUUCUUCCUCGGAGUGGCACACUAGCAGCGAAUGGUACCACACGGACUUACAAACAGCUGACUGGGUUACCAGGCGCAUGUCUAUAAGACCGUACAGUCCCAUUCGCUGUCCCAUUCCCACAGUCCCAUUGGCUUGUCUGCUGGAAGGAGCCACUCUGAGGAAGGAAUGUGCCGGAGCAUGUUCCGUAGACUUUUGUCAAGGCACUGUACGUUCACAUGUGUGACACGUAAAAAAAAAAAAAGGCCACAAGAGAACAAAAAUGGCGGAAGCCACACGUAUAAAAAAUCUGUCACUCAGUACUUCUUGAAGUGCGGAAAGGAAAACCUACGUACGAUUUUGUGCACGUUUGUGUUUAUCUUCCAUUUCAGAUUUAUAAGAACUGCUGAAUACUGUACGAUAGUAUAUAUUAUUUAUUCCGACGUAGCAGCUAAUAUUGUCGUGACUAACUGCCCGAAGAAAGAGUGACGUUGCCUCGGGUCCUGUAGAGUGUUGUGAGGUUGUGUUGAAAGUUCCUAACUACUAGUACUAUACAUUAACGAUGUUCUGCCAAGUUUUUUUUUUUUUUUUUUUUCAGACAUUCCCAAACCACAGUGUUGUUUGCUCUAACCUGUUUACGUAGACGAUGCAAACACUUUGUUGAGCUUGCAAGAAUGGAACGUUGCAGGAAAUUACUUGUACAUAGAGCACGUACAAAAAAGGCAUAAUCGUGUACAGUACAAAGCCACUUGUGGAUUUGUACCACUGCCAUGCUUUGAGAGCAGGGGAGACCCACACACAACAGUCUUUCUGCAAUACACACAUUGUUGAGAAUUUGUUCACUUCCUUCUCUACUCUUUAUUCCUGUUAGAAGAAAUGUCCGAUGUACAAGGUAGGCCAGUUGGAAGCUCCUGAUGUGUAACAUUGAGCUAUGUACUAUUCCGUGGGUUUAUCCAAGCAGUACAUUUGUUGCAGAGAUCACUGGCAUUCUGGUGUGUGUAGAGAUUUAGAUAUAUGUAGUAUGUCGCCUGUAACAUCCCCAGCAACACCGAAUAUUCUCUAGAUGUACUAAUAAUGUCCUAACGGAUUUGUAUGUCCAGUGGAUGUUUGAGGGAUAUCCAUCGGACAUAUGAAUUUGUUACGACGUUAUUCGUACAUCCAGAGGAUAUUCGGUGUUGUUGGGAAUAGGGCAUGAUCGUGUUGAACAUCUGGUGCUUUCAAGGAGCCUCAUCUUGUACGGGAAGAUAACUAUGGGUAUCGCUUCUACUGUGUAAUAUUUAUUUUACUGAUGUGUAAUAUGUAAGUACGUACAAAUGUACUGAAAGCAAUGCAGCUUGGGUUAUUUGGUAUGACUGCAGCCACUUAAUGAGCCGAGCUACUUGCUACAAUAGCAGCAAGAAGUGUGAGGGGACGCAGCUAGAGCAGUAAUGUCCCCUACUCCUUUCCCUUCAAUUUUCGCGCGCAAACCCUGUGCUUUUGGUAACACGUCGGAAGGUAAAAUGAUUUUGCCAAAUGUCCCGUAAACCUCUCGCAUGCUGUCCUUUAAAAAGUUUCCCAAAUCAAAAACACACCGCAGCGUGUCGAAGCUGGUGUGAUUGUUUCGUCCCUUGGUUUUUGAAAGUUGCAAGGCCUUUUAGCAAUACACGUACUAUUGAGAGAACAACACGCUGCUGUCGUCUGCUUUCGUCCAGUUCGGAUACUCCCUCGAUAGCUGCUUCUGAAACACGAGUAUUCUUAAAGGAGCAGUGAAAUGACACAUGGGAUUGCUCGAAGCACAUGGCUAGCCAAUCAGUCUCCCAGGAACCUCAUCACUGUGCACGUCAAUUUACAAAAAUCCGCAGAAAAAUUAGCCCGAUUCCUUCCUUGAUUAUGGGGAACAACGCAGGAGCAGCAUAGUGAGAAGCCUUGUCCCCCUCGUAACGAAGUGAUGUCAGUUUCACUCACUCUCUUACGGGAUUCCUGAAGGAGUUGACGGGUUUAUAAAGCGUGCAAUGUCUGGGUCGAGGACUUCUUUUUCCGCGCUACAGGUCAACGAUGAUCAGUGUUGUUUUUGCGCAGCAGCGCUUGUUUUUCGUCGUGCAAUCCGCCAGAGCCAAAAUUUUAUUUACUUUUAAUUUCAUUUUACUAAUUAAUAUAAUUUAGCUAAUUCUGUGUAUGUAAUUACUUUGUUACCAUAUAUAAUUAAUUACAUUAAUUGAUUAACAAUCAAAUUGAAUUAGUUGUAUUAAUUUAUUGAUUAACUAACAACCACAGAUUGAGUUACAUUAAUUUAAUUUUACCUAACGCCGCACCACAAUGCCAAAACAUUACACAAAAAUUUGUGAAAGUGUCACCCGUAUAAAAACGAUCAGAAAGACAAAUUCUGCAUCAAGAAGAAAUUAUAGUAUUUAUGACGGGGUCUUCCACUGCUCCUUCAAGAGGUCGGUCACAUUUUCUGCAGUGGAAUUAUAGUCCUUGUUACAUAACGUAAUGGUAGAGAAGGGUAUCACCGGGGCGAGAGAGAAAAAAAAAGCGCACUUGAAUAUGGGAGAGGCACUCUCCAAGUAACGCUGCAGCAUAAAGAUCUCGGACAGCUGUUCCCCAGUGUUUUGUCAGGUGAUUAAUGCAAGAGCUUGUAAUCUGUCACUGUGUUUCUUGAUAUUGAAUUUUGUUCCUUUUUUGUAAGGUGCAAUGUUUCGUUGAACCAUUUCACUGUCCUGGGUUGUGUUUGCAGGUAGACCUGCAAAUGAGUUUGUUUCAUUCUACAUUUACCAGAUGUAUGAAGGUUGUGGUAGCGGAAAGUUGUGCUCAGAGCACCGUUCUUGUCGUGUUAGGCAUUUGGUUGGGCUGCAAAAUGCUUUGUCACGUUAAUUUUAUGCCCUCCACAUAUUAGGCCAUAGAUGUCUGCUGUUGUACAGCAUCACGUAUGGUUUUGUGUACACGCUACAUUAUGUGAAUACUAUAUGAUAUGCAAAUCUGAACUUUUUCGGAUAAAGUUGCAUAAAUUAGUGCAAGACGGUGCAUAAACUUUAUUAUGAGAAGCCUGCGCAUGGGCAAGAAAUAACGUAUCUGUCUCAAAAGAAAUUCAGGGCUUUGUGUCGUCUGCUUUUUUGUUGCCCAUGCUCGGGCUUUUUGACGACGGAACUUUCCUAGCUCAGGUACACAGUCUACCAUUUGCCUUGCAAAGGAUGAAAAAAAUGUGACUGCAGAAAGUUUUUUAACAGCAGAAAAAUUGGCAGUAUGACAAUUUUGUCUGUUGUAGAUAAACAAUGCACAACACCAGUGCAUCCUUAUGCAUAAUAUAUUGUGCAUGGGAUUUUCUUAAGCUUUAGUUUAGAACGUGCCAGUGUGUACGUGGAAGUCUGUCUUGGGAGUGUUGCUGAGCUUUCACAUAUAGGUUCGUCUGGUAGCUAAGAAUUGGGAGUGUGCCCGUUGUGUUGCUAUGUCCUUGUGUUUAUUUUGCUUGAUUUUUCAAUGAAAUAAACAGCAGGAUCUUUUA